GUAUCAAAUUUCGCGUGUAAAUCCCUUCCGGAAGCGCGUUAUUCCCCUUCCGGUGGUCCUGCGCGUCCCAGUCGCGCACUCCCCGCCGACGAAUCCCGACGUCGCAUUCAGUCGCUUGUGAACCAGUGAAGGUGUUUGAGAUCCGGUCGUGUGAUGGCUUUUCUGCGUUCGCUGUCCCGGAGCAGCGCGUCCAGGUCGUACGGCCUGCUGGUGGAGCUCUCCCGCCUCCGUCUCGCCGCCGCCAAGUCGACGGCCGCCGUGGUGCAGGACGCCGCCGCCGCCCCCGUCGCCGGCAAGCGGCGCGACCCCCUCGACAUCACCUUCGAGGACGCCAAGGCCGCCUUCAAGAGCAAGACCAACUGGGAGCUGAUGCGCGCCUACAUCGUCUACACGCUCUGCAGCUUCGAGACCCUCGUCGAGAACAACAUGCAGCUGAUGAAACUAUGUAAAGGUAUCCUAGGAGAAAGACUGUUUAUAAUGCUGAUGCGAGCAACGUUCUACGGGCACUUCGUUGCCGGCGAAGAUCAAUACAAAAUACGACCGACUUUGGAGCGAUUGCGAUCGUUCGGCGUCAAGCCGAUCCUCGACUACUCGGUCGAAGAGGACCUAUCGCAAGAAGAGGCCGAAAAACGCGAAGUCGAAGCUUCGGUUCCCGAAGCCGGCGAUCAGGUCGAACAGGGUUCGUUGAAACAGUACCACGUGGAUAAAACAUUCGCCGAUCGACGUUAUAAGGUCCAAUCAGCACGCACGUACUUCUACUUGAACGAAGCGACCUGCGAACGCAACAUGGAGACCUUCAUCAAGUGCUUGGAGGCCGUCGCGGACUUUCAGAAGAAUCCGUCAGGUGCCACAUACGGCACUGGCAUCACCGCCAUUAAAUUAACGGCCCUUGGCAGACCUCAACUAUUGCUUCAAUUAUCGGAAGUAAUCAUGAAAGCUCGUAAAUACAUGACGGAAAUCGUGGGCGGCGAAGGCAACGUCCUCUCCCAUCACAUGACCAUCCAAGAUCUCGAACGUAAACUUUCGAAAAUGAAAGAUCAAGAAUCGGUGAAAAAGUUCCUGUCGCAAAUAACGGCCGACGAAAAAGGUAUCCUGCAUUUGUUCCCGUGGUCGGGCAUCAUCGACGAAAAUCAGGAAUUGAGCAGUACGUUCCGGGUUCCGGAUCUCACCACCGGAAGAAUGUCGCGUCUUAUCACGCAAUUAUCGCCGAAAGAGGAAGAAAUGUUCCGGAACAUGAUUCGGCGGAUGAAUACCAUCGUUAAGGCCGCCCAAGAUAUGGAUGUUAGGAUUAUGGUGGACGCGGAACAAACCUAUUUCCAGCCGGCUAUCACUCGUAUCACUCUCGAAUUUAUGCGAAAAUAUAAUAAAGAUAAAGCGAUUGUUUUCAAUACGUAUCAGUGCUAUUUGAGGAACGCUUUCGAUGAAGUCACCACCGAUAUGGAACAAGCGAAAAGACAAAACUUUUAUUUCGGCGCUAAGUUGGUGCGAGGGGCUUAUCUCGAACAGGAAAGGGCCCGCGCCGCCGCCUUGGGCUACCCCGACCCCACCAACCCCAAUUUCGAGGCGACGUCCGACAUGUACCACAAAACCCUGACCGAGUGUCUGCGACGAAUCAAAGCGUUCAAAGAUCUAGGCGAAGAAAAGAAGAUCGCCAUCAUGGUGGCAUCGCACAACGAAGAUACCGUACGUUUCGCCAUUCAAAAAAUGAAAGAAUUCGGAAUCGAACCUGAAGAUAAAGUGAUCUGUUUCGGCCAAUUGUUGGCCAUGUGUGAUUAUAUCACGUUUCCUUUAGGCCAAUCCGGGUAUUCUGCGUACAAGUACAUCCCGUACGGGCCUGUGAACGAAGUCUUGCCCUAUUUGUCGCGGAGGGCGCACGAGAAUAAGGGCGUGUUGAAGAAAAUUAAGAAGGAGAAGAGGCUUCUAGGGAGUGAGAUUUUGAGACGUGUGGCGACCGGGCAAUGGUGGUACACACCGAAGGGAGACUACACCCCGGUUUAAAUGAGAUACGAAUUGGAGUACUUUUUUAUCGAGCCUCCCUGGGGUCUGAGUUAGAUAAGUAGUUGCAAAAAAAUUCAAAAGACAGUCCACCGGAUAAAAAGUCGCCUCUGUGUGGGAGAUUUCGUCCGUAGGUAUAAGCAAAAGUCUGAUUUUAUUAAGGACAAUAGUAUAAGAGUAACAAGCUCGAUGAGGGCGAAAGUUUCACACAGAUCCGGAGUUUUUUAGCGCUUAGUAAUUAAUAAAUUUAGUUAGAUUUAUGAAAUUAUGUACAGAUGUUCAGUGUGUUUUAAAAAAUAAAAUUAACCAAAAAAAAUCGGGUGUUUGUCGGCGUGCUUGUGGUAAUUCGUUUCAAAAAUUUUAUUUGGAAGGAGGCGUCGCGUGGAAGAUAAAUGACGGUGAAUCUUAGUAAUUUAUUAGUUUGUUGAAAAAUUUGUAUCAUUUUUAUAGCCUGUGAUGAUAGUUUUCCUUGUUUUCAGUGUCAAAAUCUGCCUUUGAGUAUUUUUUAAACUGUUUAGUUGGUGUGAUUGAAUAAAUUUAAUUGAAGUAAGAAGGUUGUCUGUUAUUUUUCUUUGUAAAUGUUUGUUGUAGGUAUAAGGAACGAGUCAAUUCUGUGUCCUUAUUAAACGUAAUGUUCUGACAAUAAGUACAAGAUUAAUAAAAGUUAUAAGUGUUUA